UUGCUCACCCUGCCCGUGGCCUUGCCAGUGGGUCAGCUGCUGGAGCUGGCAGCGCGACCCGGGCGGCUGCGCGAGCGCGUGCUGGAGCUGGCACGAGGUGGCGGCGAUCCCUACAGCGACCUCAGCAAGGGCGUGCUGCGCUACCGCACGGUGGAGGAGGUGCUCACUCCGCUGGAGGACUGCUUCAUGCUGGACGCCAGCACCGUGCUGGACUUCGGCGUCCUGGCCAGCAUCAUGCAGAGCGGCCACACGCGCAUCCCCGUGUACGAGGAGGAGCGCUCCAAUAUCGUGGACAUGCUCUACCUCAAGGACUUGGCCUUCGUGGACCCCGAGGACUGCACGCCGCUCAGCACCAUCACCCGCUUCUACAACCACCCGCUCCACUUUGUCUUCAACGACACCAAGCUGGACGCCGUGUUGGAGGAGUUCAAGCGAGGGAAGUCCCACCUGGCCAUCGUGCAGAAGGUGAACAACGAGGGGGAAGGGGACCCCUUCUACGAGGUCCUGGGCCUGGUCACCCUGGAAGACGUCAUUGAGGAGAUCAUCAAGUCCGAGAUCCUGGACGAGUCCGAGGACUACCGAGACACCAUGGUGAGGAAGAAGCCUGCUGCUCUCAGUGUCCCUCUCAGGCGGAAAGAGGAAUUCUCCUUGUUCAAGGUGUCUGACAAUGAGUAUAAAGUGAAAAUCUCGCCUCAGCUGCUCUUGGCCACCCAACGCUUCCUUUCCCGAGAGGUGGAUGUGUUCAGCCCAUUGCGAAUCUCCGAGAAGGUCCUGUUGCACCUGCUGAGGCACCCCAGCGUCAACCAGGAGGUGAGGUUUGACCAGAGCAACCGCCUGGCUGCACACCAUUACCUGUACCAGCGCAGCCGGCCGGUGGAUUACUUCAUCCUCAUCCUGCAGGGCAGGGUUGAGGUGGAGAUCGGGAAGGAGGGCCUGAAGUUCGAGAACGGGGCGUUCACCUACUAUGGCUUGUCUGCCCUGACAGCCCCAUCCUCGGUUCACCAGUCCCCCGUGUCCUCGCUCCAGUCCCUCUGCCAUGACCCGCAGCCCGAGCCAGCUGACGGCACCCGCCUCUCCACGUAUUGUCCUGACUACACCGUGCGGGCCCUCUCUGACCUGCAGUUCAUCAAGGUCACGCGGCUACAGUACCUCAAUGCACUCCUGGCCAGCCGAGCCCAGAACCUCCCACCGUCCCCUGAGAGCUUGGACCUCCAGGUCGUCCCAGGCAGCCAGACCCGGCUCCUCGGUGACAGGACGGCCACAGCAGCAGGGUCCAACCACGGUGGGCCCAGCCUCCCAGCGGAGGAGAGCCCUGGGCGGAACCCAGGAGUGUAACUGCUUGCCAGGCAGCCCAGGCCUGGGAGCGGGCAAGCACGUGGGGAAGCAGAGAGCCCAGCCGCCCUCACCCCCUCGGCCACGUUUUAGAGGCCUAGGCGCAGGGCCGGAGCCCCUGCAGGCUGCCCCUCUAGAAAUGGGGUUGGCGGCACCGCCCUCCAGGCCUGCUUCUGAAGGGAUGGAAGGAAGGACACCGUGUCUCCGUGGCCAGGCCCAGCCUCCUCUGAGACGACCACGCCAUGAUGUGAGUGCGCGAUCGCGGCCUUCCCGUGGCCGCGGCCUGUACUCGCUUUGCUUCUCUGUCAACCGGCUGCUGCUGGCAGCACUUUCUGAGCAACAAGAGCACCAGUGUCGGCUGGGGGUACAAACCCAUGGCCUUGUCAUGGCGAACUUGGCGGCUUCCCGACAGUGCCACGUCUCGGCACGCCCCAGCCUGUCCUUUGUGCCAAGCCUGGGAGCACCGUUCCUCACAAGUCGGUGCCACUAGUCCUGCCCCUCCCGUGGAGGUGGCUGGCUGACCCGGCGGAGCCCUGAGCAAGUCGCUGGCCCCGCGACAGGAUGGCGGGGCCUGCGCCUCCCGCCACUCAUCUGCCUGGGGGACGAAGAGCCUGGCCACGGAGUAGCUUCCUGCCAGCCGUCCUCACCCCCCCAGGCCACAUUCUGUGUUGUAACGAGAGGUCGUGUGUGAGAGGAAGGGCUCUGCUGUGCCCCAUCCUUUCUUCAUGGUCAGAUCCCAGGAAGAGGAACCAACUACCAGACCGAUUUCACGCCUUCCUCCUGGGCUUCCGGUGGGUGGGCGGGCUGUGGGGCUGGGAGUGCGUGGAGAGCCGUGAGGGAGGGAGGGUUGGAUAAGGGCCAGGUGGAUCCCUGCCACCUUUCUUUUAAAAAACAUGAGGUUUCUGUCUCUGAAACAUUUCAAGCUUUUGCCUGUUUCCUGUCCCUCGCUAUGGGUUCUAGAGAAUCGGGAGCAACAAGAUUCUCUCUUGGUUGUUUGUCUUUUCCUUCCUGUUUAUUUACCGUCCACGGUUCAGCUGCGCGGAAGCAGGCAGCACAGGGGCCUAGGGUCUUAGAGCGGGAGGGCACGGAGGGUUUCUGGAGCCUUUCUCAGAGGAAUCUGGCCGAGAGGCUCCUUAUAAGGUCAGAGGGUGGCCUGCUUGCCGAGAAGCUGUUCUCUAGGAAUUCACCCCCAGAGCAGAGUCCGGGUGGGAAACGGCCGGUCAGGCCGUAAUUCUGUGUCUAUAAUGCCGACGGGGUGCCUGGGGGUGAGCUUGCUGGUAUCAGUCUGCCUGUGCAAGUUGCAGAACCUGCUGACGACAUUGAGGACUGAACUGUACAGUCACCUCUCUCCAGAACAGGGUUCCCCACCUGGGCUGCAGUUAGAAUCACCCGGCAAAUUAAACAAACCGAGGCUGUAAUGGGGCUGAUGUCAGGAUUUUAGUUUUGAAAUAACUUUAGAUUCACAGUAGAGGUCCACGUACCCUUCAUCUGGCUUCCCCUCAUGUUAACGUCUUACAUCACCUCAGUACCUUUAUCAAAACUAAAAGUUAACACUGGUACAGAAAUAACUAAAUCAGUUUUUCUAAUGUCCUUUCUCAGUUGCAGGAUCCAUUCCAGGGUACCAAUUUAGAGCUGUUACUUAUUUUCUACCUAUUUGUUUUGAAAUUACAGAUUCAUAGGAAUUUGCAAAGAUAGAGGUACCCUUCACCCUGCUUUCCUCCGUGGCUACAUCUUAGUUAUAAUACAGUAUCUAACCAGGAAUGGACACUGGGCAGUGAGGAUGGUUUGUUAUAUAUCAUCUCAUGUGUAGCUUUGUGUGACCGCCGCUACAGUCUGCACACAACUGUCCCAUUGCCAUCAGCAUCUCCCUCUAACUACCCUUUUAGAGCCACACUCCUCCCCCCCCGCCCCCCCAGCCGCCAUCCCUAAUCCCUGGCAACCCCUGAUCUGUUUGUCAUCUCCAGUUUUGUCAUUUCAAGAAUGUAUAAAUGGGUUGAAAAAUCUGUAACUGUUGGGAUUGGGCUUUCUCAGCAUAUACUCUGGUAUUCAUCCAGGUGGCUGUGGGGCCCACAGUUCGUCCCCUCGGGUGGUUGCGUGGUUUCCGUGGUGUGCUCGUUCUAGUUACGGACAUGGGGGUGGUUUCCAGUUUUUGGCUAUCCCGAAUAAAGCUGCUAUAACAUUCAUCACA